UGUGUGUGUGUGUGUGUGUGUGUGUGUGUGCGCUGUCUCGGGUCUCUGGUAUAAGGGAGCAUUAAAGGGCUGCAUGCCUACAAGCAGCUGCUCAUUUAAGCCAAACAGCGCUUUCUCUCCUUGUAGCUCUGGAUCCAGGGGCAAAACCUUGUGUCUGGGAAUUUUAGAAGAACAUUUCUAAAUGGGAUUAACAGCGUUGUCUUUCACAGCCAAGGACUCCUUUCUGCAUCUGGAAUAUCAUCCGAUGUGCCUUUUGACAUCUGUGGAAGAGAUGGGAUUAACCAGAUCGCAGAAAAGUUGGGAUUUUUGAGACAAUCUGACCUGAAAUGCAUUGGAUUGCAUUGCAAAGGAUGGAAAGAUAAAAACAAAAGCUUUUAAAAAAAAGCUACAAAGGAAACAAACGGGUAAAAAAAUCAGCUUCUAACAGGGAGAGGAAAUGCACAGAGCUUGGAUUCUUCUCAUUGUAAUAGAAGAGGGCUUUGCUCUGGCACAAAAAAUCAGAGAGACGCAGAACGAAGAUGGCCCUCCAGCCAAAAAUGAGCAGUGUGGCAUCUGGACCAAAACCAUCAGUGGAGGCCAGUUCAUGUCCCCCAACUACCCCAACACUUACCCACCUAACAAGGAGUGUGUCUAUGUCCUCGAGGCUUUGCCUCGCCAGAGAAUCCAGCUGGUCUUCGACAAAAACUAUUACAUCGAGCCCUCGUUUGAAUGCCGCUUCGAUCACCUGGAGAUAAGAGAUGGUCCCUUCGGUUUCUCACCACUCAUCGAUCGUUACUGCGGCCCCAAGAGCCCCGGCGUGGUCACAUCCACCGGCCGCUUCAUGUGGAUCAAAUUCACCAGCGAUGAAGAGCUCGAGGGCCUUGGCUUUCGUGUCAAAUACACCUACAUAGCAGACCCGGAUUUUAAAUUGCACGUUGGCGGACUCUUAAAUCCGAUCCCGGAUUGUCAGUUCGAGAUCAGCGGCUCAGACGGGUUCGUACGAUCCAGCCAGGUCGAAGAGGAGGAAAAAGUGAAACCCGGUGAAGCUCUGGACUGCAUCUGGACGAUCCGAGCGCCUCCUCGGUCCAAGGUCUACCUGCGCUUCCUGGAGUACCAGAUGGAGAACUCAAAUGAGUGCAAGAGGAACUUUGUGGCCAUUUAUGACGGCAGCAGCGCCAUCGAGAACCUAAAGGCGAAGUUCUGCAGCACGGUGGCCAACGACGUGAUGCUGGAGAGCGGAGUGGGAGUCGUGCGCAUGUGGGCCGACGAGACGAGUCGCCUCAGCCGCUUCCGCAUGCUCUUCACCUCCUUCGUCGACCCUCCUUGCUCUUCAAACACCUUCUUCUGCCAUAGCAACAUGUGCAUCAACAAUUCUCUAGUGUGUAACGGCGUGCAGAACUGCGUGUACCCUUGGGACGAGAACCACUGCAAGGAGCGGAAGUCUAAGGGCUUGUUCCACCAGAUUACCAAGACCCACGGCACAGUUAUCGGUAUCUCCUCUGGCGUGGUUCUCGUUUUGCUCAUCAUCUCUAUCCUGGUCCAGAUGAAGCAACCUCGUAAGAAGGUGGUGUCACGCCGUCCAGCUGUCUUCAACAAAUCCGGCAUCCAGGAAGUGUUUGACCCUCCACACUAUGAGCUUUUCUCCCUGCGAGACAAAGAGCUCUCGUCUGACCUCGCUGAGCUGAAUGAAGAGCUUGAGAGCUUUCAGAAGUUGCGUCGUUCCUCUGCGACAUCUCGCUGCAUCCAUGAGCACCACUGCGGUGGCACUGGCAGUGUCAAGCAGAACCGCAGUGCGCUCGGCUCCAUGGAGCUCUCAUAUCACAAUGACUUCUCCAAAGCACAGCCCAUGAAGACCUUCAACAACAGCAGCCUGGGGAGCUACAAGAAGAGCUGUUACAGCUACAAACAGACUCACGAGUGUGCCGAGCAAGUUAUCGAGGACCGGGUCAUGGAGGAAAUCCCGUGUGAGAUCUACGGAAGGGGUGGGGCCAUGGGCGGGAAUGUUGGAGGGAUUAUGGGCGGGGCUGUGGGUGGGGCUACAGGAAGCAUUGGAAGUGGAUGCAGCAGCAUCAGCAUCCGUAACCAUGGCGGGGUCCGUAGCAACAACACUACUAGCGUCCCGGAUACGAGUCAGCGCUCUAUUUCCAUGGACUUUUAAAAGACUGACGAGAGGAAGAGGAGGAGGAGUAAAGAGGAAGGAAGGAAGAAAAAAAAACAGAAAUUCAUCACAGACUCUUUUAUUGUCCUUUAUUUCUUGUGUGUUGAGUAACAAGUCAAAUCGUCUUCAAGAAAAUCACUCCAGUCACCUUGAAUUACUUCUGCUAGACAUUCAGAAUGACCUUAAUUACUCAAACCCUUCAAGGCGUAUCCUUCAUUUCCUGUUUCAUCACAAUAAGCCCCGGCUUCCUGAACAAGCUGACAGAGUGGAACCACAGAUGGUACAUAUGAUAGUGCUUUUCCACCACCUAAUGCUGUACGGUGUGGCACUGAUUUCUAAUCCACUCUGGUUUCUCCUGAUGUUUUGACAGAGUGGAAUGAUACAGGAUCAGGAUCUUCAAGGCCAGUUCAGCUUUUAACUCACUAUUUAGAUUUACAUCUUUAUUGGAAAAGACACAAAACAGUGCAUCAUACGGAACAUUCUGGACUUUCCCGGACACUCCUGAAAAAAACAAACAUUCCAGCUAGUUAGUCUAACUCCCAAAACUAUCUGAGAACUAAUGUAUUGCAUAUCCAUGCAUCCUGAUCGCUGAUACAAAGCAGGAGUCUGUUUCAUUUAAAUAUCAGGUUCAGAAAAGUGUUCAUAAACACCUUCGUUGUAUCAUAGUGUAACAUGGAGGAUCAGACACCUUUACAGGGUUCGGGUUACAGGAAGGAUCAUUUCUUCGCUUGAUGCUCUUCGUAAACACAAGUUGAAUUUAACACUAAAGAAAUGUGGUAUAAUUAGAUUUCUCACUAUACCUCAGUGGGUCGUGAGGUGGAUCAGCACUGACCGAGACCUAAAUAGAUGAAGAUGCCAGUUUGAAUGAAAUGAAGUGAAUCUUUACGGCUGCCAUGUUGUUUCUCUCUCAGAGCAGUGAAAUGUACAGUGUUUUAUGAAACAAACUGUUUAAAAAAUGCACAAAGGUUUCACUCGCAAAGGUGUUAGCUAGCUGGCUAAUCUAGCUGACCAAUUUUACAUCAGACUAAAAGCAAACAGCUCACAUGAUUAGACCCUCGACAAAAUUCAGUGACGUGUGAGUGAGUAAGUUAGUGUGUGCGUGUGAGUGAGUGAGUGAGUGAGUGAGUGAGUGUGUGUGUGAGUGAGUGAGUGAGUGAGUGAGUGAGUGAGUGAGUGAGUGAGUGAGUGAGUGUG